ACUGCAUGAAACCCCUAUAAUUUUCCGCAUAUGCAAUUGCCUGUACCGUUCAAAUGUGACGGUAAUUCGUACGAAUGUAGGUAUCUAUAAAUUAACCCGGAACCGCGGUGCGGACAGACAUAUACGUGCGUCUUUGGGUCUUGUUAAGACGUCUCGUUCGCAUUUGAUAUAAAUGUUAGAAGAAAUAUUGAUCAGACAAUCGGCGCGGCGUGAAAAGCCUUUACAGCCGAUCUCAACCGCGUAACUACAAGUUGAACGUAAUCGGUAAUUUACAACCAGACAAAACGGCUACGAUUCCACCCAUCAUCCACCACCUGUGCAGAGGCUACGUCUAACUUUUCCUCACAAUAUCCCUCGUCGCCAAUUUCAAGUACCGCUACCGAUAUUCAAGCAUAUCUAAACUUAGACCAUCCAGCUGCGGUCUCAGAUUGUGUUCAGUAUUCAUGAAUUCGGUGUGACGAACGUUGCUCGCAGAUUUAUACCUUAAUUCCCGAAAGAUAUUUUGGAUUCGAAAAUUCACGGAUUUGUACAAAUAGUAACGGCAUUGAAUUUAUAAUAUAUAUUUGUUUGUUGAAUAACUAGUCGCAUUCUUUGAGAAAAAUUACAGCGUUUCAUUAUCGAAUAAAAUAUGGCAUACAGUUGGGAUAAUCGAGUCAGCUUCAUAGUAAAGUUCCUUUACGACAUAGAUAACAACGGGGUGCUGGAUCAGCAUGAUUUCGAGUGUAUGGCUCUAAAAAUGACCCUUGUCGAGGGUAAAGGUGAUUUCAACUAUAAUCACUAUCAAGAAAAUCUUCACGUCAUGCUUUCGCUGUGGGAAGAAAUCGCUGAACUUGCGGAUUUCAAUAAGGAUGGAGUAGUAACGACAGAAGAAUUCAAAGUCGCGGUCCAAAGAAGCUGCAUGGGAAGACCUUAUCGUGAUUUCCCUCAAGCGAUGAAAAUGUUCAUAGACAGUCAUUUCAAGCUGGUCGAUUUAAACGACGACGGAGUUAUCGCUGCCGACGAAUUUCGUUAUAAUUGUGUUAUGAGAAUUCCAGUUGACAACAUCGACGCUCUUGACGAUGCUUAUCAAAGUCUACUUAACGAUGACGACAGAAGACGUGGCGGUUUAACACUGGCACGAUACCAAGAAUUGUACGCGCAGUUCCUGGGUAAUCCCGACGAAAAUUCCCCUGCCGUUUAUCUAUUUGGACCCCUGCACGAGUUAUGUUAAUUAUUUAUUCUACGGUCAAAUGAGAUAAGAUCUCGAAUCUAAUAAGGUGAACAGAAAAGACAUAUGUGACGACAGUUAUUACCAUUUUACGCGCGAAGAACCAGAAGCGUUUACAUUAUACAGAAGCGUAAGAUAAAUGAACGUAAUAACUCUAAGAAACGUAAUUAUUAUUUACAUUAUUAAUACAACAUCAUUAUUGUAAACAAUUAGCUAAGAUAUUCUAUUUUAUUAUAUAAUUACUUUCAUAUUCUGACUUUUAAAUACAUGAAUUCAAUUUUCAUUACUCGUAUAAGCUCACUUAUAGCAUAUUUGGUCUUAUUUUCAACCUUACCGAAAGAACCCGAUCCUGUAACGACUUCCGCAGAUCGUUUAUAUCUGAUGUCAGCACCACACUGAUGAUAAAGUACUGUUAGAUCACGCUUUGGAACCCAGAUCCAUUCAUGAAGUUCCCAUUCCGAAAACAGAGUGUGCAGUUUACUAUGAACUUCAGCUACGGUGAAUGAUAUACCCUGACUAAUUGUUCAAUUAGAUUCGUCAAUUUCUAUGUUGCGAAAUGUAUUAGAAUUAGUCAAAAAUAUGCUGUGUAACUUUGUGUAGAUUUGACAUAAUGUUAUCGGCUUCUACAGCAAGGAUUACCGGUUUUUUCGAAACUAUGUAGAUGAUUAUUCAAAGAGAAUUCAAUUAUUCGAAGAAAUAUUGUUUAUUCCAAUCGACAGUUUGUAAACACUAUACUUAUAAUACAAUAGUAGUAAAAUUUUUAUUCCACAUGUGAAUAAAAAUGUACAGCCAUAAAUGAACAAAGUUAUAAUACCUAUUUGCGGGAUACAAAGUAGGGUAAUACGAAAAAUAAAGUAAUAAACAUGACUAAUAAAUAACAGUUUUUUAAAAAAUGUCACGCUCUUAAGUAUUAGAAUUUUAUAGUUUCUUUUCAAACAUUUAUUUCUAGGCGAAACCUUAGAAAUACGAAGGUACUUCUGAUAAUUUAAUAAAUCAAUGUGUUACAGUUGUGACGUUAAAUAUUAUUCAAUAAAACUAAUCAUACUGAUGACUCGUAAUUAUUUUAAGUUCAAAUUUACUAUUAUCGUUUCAUACAAUCGUUCUGAACACCACAUAUUAAGUUAUGCAAUUCGAAAAAUUACCACAAAUGGUGCAACAGAUAAGAAUUGCCGAAAAACAUUCAGUUUAGAGCAUACAUUGACGAACACUGAUGUAAGCAUAUGAAAAAAUUCACUAUUAAACUUACACCCAGAUAUUUUACACCCAAUAGUUCAGUUUUCAAUCGUUCCCUCAUAGAACAUGACAAUGUGAGAAACAAUGCACUUUUGAUUCUAUUUUUUCCCAAUUCAACUAUCUAUGAUUAAUCACCUCAUUAUGCUAGCACCCAACAAUGAUUUCCAACAUUUACUAAACCUAUUGUCCUCAGAAAUGUGUAUCGCUUUUCUGGUGUUGUUUGAUAUGUAGAAGACUCAAACGAUUGUGAAAAAUAAUUUCAGGUUGAACCUAGGAAACGCUCAUCGACACGAAUGCAUAAAAAUGAACUACUUUCUGCCAGAAUUCGGCUACGUUUGAAAUAACCAUUCAAGUCAGGCUUUUAAAACCUGUAGAACAAUUAUAAAUGCUAGAACUUCGUGUUAUGGACGAAGAAUUUUCUAUUCCACAUUUCCUAUCACUUUCGUUCAGAAUUUCGGAACAUUACUCAUGCUACUUUCAUCCUUCAGCUUAUUAAAUAUUCAACUUACUGUCAUGUUGUUAGUAUAAAAAGUAU